UCAUUCACGUCCGUCGCUCACGGUCACUCUUCACUCGCACAGUAGCCGCCGGCUGGAGGAAAAAGCAACAUUAUUUAUUUUAUCUCUCGCAGAGCGGUCAGAAAGAAGCAAAAACCAGUUGGCAUUGCGACCUUUCUCGUGUGCUCCACACAGAAAAAUGAACGCAAUCCGCCGAAUUCUGCAGCAGCCUGCCAAAAGUGUUUUCGCUCGGCUGCUCAGCGACCAGGCCGCAUGCAGGGUCGGAGUCGUAGGGGUGCCCUUUGAGAAGGGACAGCGCAACACGGGCGUCAGCCGCGGACCUGAAGUUUUGCGAGCAGCGGGAGUGAUUCAAGACCUUUCGAGCUUUGGAUGUGACGUCAAAGAUUACGGCGAUGUCAAGUACGAAGUUGUGCCAGUGGGCAAGCAAUUGAGCAACAUGCGCGAAUAUGAUGAUUUUGCGGCUUGCAUGGAAAAGGUUUCGAGCAGCGUGAAACAAGUGCUGUCGGACGGGCGGCUAUGUCUGUCGCUUGGCGGCGACCACUCGAUGGGGGUUGGCACCAUCGACGGCCACUACCAGGCCAAGGGUGACCUCGCCGUGCUCUGGAUCGACGCACACGCCGACAUCAACACGAGCGCGACGUCGCCCACGGGCAACCUGCACGGCAUGCCGGUGGCCCUUUUGGUCAAGGAACUGGCCGACUACUGGCCCUACCUGCCCAAUAUGGACUGGCAAGUGCCCAUGCUGUCAAUCAAAAACAUAGCUUACAUCGGCUUGCGGUCAGUUGAUGAGUACGAGAGGCUGAUUCUGGAGAAGUUUGGAGUGACCGCGUUCGCCAUGGAGGACGUGGAGCGGCUGGGGGUGCACGAGGUGACACAACGGGCCCUGGAGGCGAUUAACCCGAAUGGAGAACGCUCCCUACACGUCAGCUUCGACAUCGACAGUUUGGACCCACUGGAGGCCCCGAGCACCGGCACCACUGAGAGGGGUGGCCUGAGUCUGCGCGAGGGUGUGCACAUCAUGGAAACCGUGUUUGCGUCAGGAACGCUGGGCGCCAUGGAUCUAGUCGAGGUCAACCCUCUCAUCGGCUCUGAGAAGGAUGUCAAAAUCACCGUGGACGCUGCAAAGCAGGUCGUCAGAGCAGGAUUUGGAUACAAGAGGCGCGGAAUGCCACCCCUUCUCAAUCAGGAAAUUCCUGGAUACCAGAAGGCCGAUCAGAAAUAGGAUUAAAUCCAAAAGAGAGAAAUUUCGGAAAUUUUCGAAAUUUUCAGAAGUUGCUCAACUGAAAUUGUAUGAUAAGCCGCUGCGUUAUUGUUAAGUCAAAUGUUAAAUGAAAAUAUAUUAAUGUUCAGAAUUUAAUUUUGUGGAAAAUAAAUACGAUAAAUAUACACUAGUUUAAAAAGAUCAAAUAAACAGGCAUUAUUUGCCUCCUUAUUACAUUAAA